GCCAUUUUAAAAAACAAAAAAAAACAAAAAGCAGGUUAUCUUUUCUAUAUUUCUUUCUUUGCUUUAAAACCAUUGUAUUAUAUGAUGACACGUAUGCAAGUUGUUUAUAGUGAUGAUGGACUUUUACAUAAUCCAUUGAAUGAGAUCACUGGUGGUGAAUUACAAGCUUAUGUUGAAUCACCCAAAAGGUUGGUCUCAAUCAAGAAUUUCAUUGAUAAACAACCAGAGUUCCAAGUGGUUGAUCCCAAUGAUUACUCAUUAGGUCCUAUUUUGGACGUUCACCGAAAAGAUUACAUUGAGUUCCUGCAGACCAUCUAUCACGAUUGGGUCACGGAAGGCUUUCCCGCUGACGCUUGUCGAGUUGAAACGUUUGCUCAUCCCUCUGUCGUCGGUAAAAUUGACCCUGAAAUUGUCAAGAAAAAUGCAUACUUGAAAGCAACCGGUAGAUUGGGUUACUAUACUUGUGACUUAUCCGUCUGUUUUGUCAAAGACACUUGGCGCGCUACUUACGCGUCUGCACAAAUUGCCAUCUCAGCCGCUCACAGACUAACACUAGCCAUUGCAAAUGAUGGCGAUAGAGCUAUUUAUGCAUUAUGUAGACCACCAGGCCAUCAUUCAUCGCAUGAAAUGGCUGCCGGCUAUUGUUUCGUGAAUAAUGCUGCAGUCGUUACUCGCUUCCUUCAAAAUUAUACAUUGGAGGAUAUGAACAAGGCCCAAAAACCAUAUGGUUUUGAUCUCGAAGCCAUUCGUAAUAGAGACUUUAGUGUCGGUACUGCUACUGAUAAGAAAAAUAUUCUUAUUGUUGAUAUUGACUAUCACCAUGGUAAUGGUACACAGGAUAUCUUUUAUGAUGACCCAUCAGUUUUUUAUACCUCGCUCCAUGGUAGUCCUGACUACCCUUAUUUUACUGGAUCUGCCGAGGAAACCGGCCGAGGUGAAGGUGUUGGAUUCAAUUUAAAUGUACCUUUGGAUCCUAAGACCACAACUGAUGAGAUCUAUCUCGAUAAGCUGCAAGGUGUUUUGAAUAAUACAAAUGUUGUCCAGUUUAAUGCCGAUAUCGUAGUUGUUUCUAUGGGACUGGAUACAUGGCAUGAAGAUCCUAUAGCCGGUAUGAAGGGAUUGCAAGACAUUGAUACAUACAAGAAGAUGGGCAGCCUGAUCAAGACUUGCCAAGGUUCCAAGAACCGUCCUGUCUUAUUUGUUCAAGAAGGUGGUUAUACAAUCGAGAAGUUGGGCGAUUUGGCCGGUAGUGUUUUACAAGGUUAUCUUUGUACAUAGCUUAGCCUCUUCCAUAAAUAAACAUGGUGUCAUGUCAGUUUAGAGUAUUUUCGCCUAGUCGCAAAUGGCAUGUUAAUUUUUUUAUAAAAAAAAAAAGGUCCCCUACACGUCAUUUGAGGCUCACUAGAUAUGUACUAUUGAACAGUCUAAUGGUUUGACUCGGAGGCGCAGCAGCAAAGUGUG